UUAUUUUUACCAUGAUCUUUUCUUUGAACGAAUUAGUUCAUUGGUUAGGUUUGACAAUCUUUGAAAUAUGGAUCAAUUUAAUCGCCUUAACAUUCUUUACUGUGUUGCUAGCUUUAAAAUUAGAUGAAAAUUAUUUUUUGGAUGCAUCAGGAUGGUGGGAAGUGUUUUCACCGCUUUUCAUAGCUGAUGGUUUAAACACAUAUUUUUGUGCUAUUAUAUUAAUAAGGAUGCAUAUGGAAGGAAUGAUUAAAUCAGGUAUCUUACGAGCAAUAUGGAGUUUAAUGUCAUUACUCUUGGUUUUUGUCUUUAAAUAUCUCUUAUGCAAAAAACUUUCUGGACAAAGCACAUUGGAAUACUCGGAAGUUUUGAGCCCUGUAUUCAUUCUGCUACAAUUGAUCGCAGUAAGAGCCUGUCAGCUACAUUAAAGAAAGUAAACAUUUUGUUAGAUUGAUUAUUUAGAUUAAAUUAUUUGAAAUAUGUUUCAUCUUUAAA